AUGGCUCAAAAGGCUUCAUCCGAAGUGGAAUCCUUUCUGGAGAACCCAAGAUUGUCUGAAGACACCUCGGUUGGAAACAUUGACGAAGCUAUAAUACUGGAUCCUAUCGGACAGUCGUCUUAUAGACAUGUGCCCUUAAAGACGACUUUGAAUCCCGUUAUUACGUUCGGAGGAUGCUCUGCAACUCUUGCUCUAAAGGCUGCCAUUACUGAACUCAACGUUCGGUAUGGCGAGCAAUAUCCUGAUCCAACAACCAUGAACAUGCAGUUCAUACGACCUUCACAUGCUGGGCACCCUAUUGUUAUAACUGUUGAGAUCAUUAAAGCUGGAAGGAACAUGGCCCACACAGCACAAAAGGCAGUAGCUGAGAGUGACGGGUCAAUUAUAUGGAUGGCCCAAAUUAUCUUUUCAGAUCUGGUGGCAAAGACACUACCACACUCGCUCAAUACCGAUAUGGAAGGCUGUCCCCCCUUGCCACCAAAGGACGAAUGUAUUCGACGAGGACAUAGUAAACAUGGCGCGUCACCACUAAAGAUGUUUGAGUAUGGGGCUUGGUAUCACGGGCCCGAAAUGCUUGAGAAAUUUAGUGAGCUGGAAGCGAGUAUAAGGAGUGGCAAGAUACAUGAGGGUAAUCCUCUUGUGUUGCUUGAGAAUAUCACGCCGGCCGCAUACUAUGAAUUCAAAGAUAGAGAAGUAGAUUAUCUGUGCCUGCCAUGGUUGUCAGAUCUUUUGGUUUUUGUGAGUAGCGGAACGGUUAUGAUGGGACAAAGGAGCACAUCUGGGUCUGGAACAAUGUCAUUGACGAUGAAUUUUUUCAAUCCGCUAAGAGAUCGUCUACCGUAUGUCAAAUAUUCAAUGACUGAGAUGAUGGACAAUGGGCGAGCUCAGCUCAAAGCAAACAUUUAUGCACCCGAUGGCGUCCGAACUCCUAGCACUUUGAUUGACUCGAUUUUGCUUGCCAGAAAAACACGACAUCUAUAUCGACUUAAACUACAGCCAACAACCAAGUCUUCUUUUUUCGAGGAUGGGGAAGAACGAUGCUUAGUGCAAGCCUCGAUAGUAAAACCAGUCGUAAUACGUCGAGCCAUAGCAUCGUAUCAGAAAAUGACUUCGACCACAAACAUCAAAAAUCAACAUCAACGACCUCAAAGUCGGAACAGCGACACGGAAGAAGAUGAUGUGAAUAUGGAACGAUUGCCUCCAGCUAUAAAAGCCACCGGUCAUAAACCACUCAUACCUGUACAGCGAACGGGCCACGGAGAGAGUCAUGGCCAUGGAGGAGGACAUGCAACAAAUAACCCUGCAACAGCAACAACUACCCAUCAUAAUACCCGUCGCCAUUCCCCAUCUUCCUCGAAUCAUAGAGGCACCUCAUCGGGUGGGGCUCCAGGCUCUCUAGCUGACUCUGAAGACGGUGGUGAACAUCACAGCACUACUAAAAAGAAGAAGAAGAGUAAAAAAUCAGUAAAGAAACAUCCCAAUGCUCUUACUACCAUGAAUUCACAUCCUGCCACCACAAGAGGUGAUCGGUCUCUAGUAGCAAACCGCAACGCAUCACCGCAUUAUACUCCUAAUCAUCAACAUGCCAGUAGCGCUUCUAAACCAUCCGAUAUAUGGUACAAGUCUGAUGCCGAAGAAAAGCUACGCAUUAGAGAAUUCUGGCUGGAAUUGACAGAGGAUGAACGACGAGCUUUGGUUAAAUUGGAAAAGGAAGCUGUUUUGAAAAAGAUGAAGGAACAGCAGAAACAGACUUGUAGUUGCUCCGUUUGUGGUAGAAAGCGAACGGUCAUCGAAGAGGAAUUAGAAAUAUUAUAUGAUGCCUAUUAUGAAGAGUUGGAGAACUUUACUCAUGAUCAGGCCAGAAGCUCAGGUCGAAAAGAUCUGUUAGCUAUACCCCAUCCACAUGCACACACUCAUCAACACAAUCACAACCACCAUCAUCACCACCACCAUCACUCGUCACGACAUCACUCAAGGUCGGGAUCAGCUUCUAGAGAUAGUUAUGCUGAGAGUGAAGAGGAAGAGGACGACGAUGAGGAAGACGAUGACGAAGAUGUGGAUGAUGAGGACGACGAUGAUGACGAUGGAGACGAUGACGACGACGAUGAAUCAGGCGAAUCUGGUUCUAGUAGUGGUAUAUUCGAAUUUGGGAAUUCAUUGACCGUCAAGGAUGGCAAUAUCUUGACUGUAGCUGACGACUUUCUGAAAAAUGAUGGUCGUAAAUUCCUAGAAUUAAUGGAACAACUAGCCGAACGUAAAAUGAAACGAUUGGAAGAAGAUGAGAUAUCCAAUGGUGGUGGCCAACAGGGAAAUGGUAGUGGUGAUGGAGGUGACGAUAGUUAUGAGGAAGAUGAUGAAUAUGACGACGACGAUGAAGAGGAUACCAUGACGGAAGAACAACGUAUGGAGGAAGGUCGUCGUAUGUUUCAAAUAUUUGCAGCCAAGAUGUUUGAGCAGAGAGUGCUUCAAGCUUACAGAGAGAAGGUCGCUCAAGAAAGGCAGCAAAGGUUCCUGGAAGAGCUCGAAGAAGAAGAGCGCCAAAAGGAAGCUCAAGCUGAAGCCAAGCAAAAGAACAAAGAGAAGAAGAAGCAACUCAAAAAGGCUCAAAAGCAACAAAAGGAUGAAGAAAAGCUGCAACGUGACCGAGAAAAGGCAGCCGAAGAAGAAAAGGUUCGCCUAGACCGUGAGCGUGCUGCUGAAGCUGAACGUCUAAAACGAGAAGCCGAACGUCAGAAACGAGAAGAAGAACGUCUCAAGAAGGAAGAAUCUGAGCGUCAAAAACAAGCUGCUGCAGCUGCUCGUAAAGAAGAAGAGAAACGUAGACGUCGUGAAGAAGAAGAUAAACGUAGGAAGGAAAAGGAAGAACGAGAAAAGGUGGAACGAGAACGUCGAGAACAAGAGCAACGAGAACGUGAUGAACGUGAACGUGUUGCUAUAGAACAGCGACGAUUGGAGGACGAACGUCAAAGGCUUCGUGAAGAAGCCGAACGACGUGAACACGAUAGACGAGAUGCAGAGGAAAGAGCUAGAUUGGCCAAGGCGGCUGCUGUUGCUCACUCAUCUGCUGCUUCAUCUGUUAGUGCUCGUAUACCCCAAUCUGCUGUCUCGACUCAACAACAAUAUAAUCGUAGCACUACGUCGUCUGCUAGCCGAACUCCUCCACCUGGCAUAGGAUAUAAUAACUCACCACCUCCCGGAAUGCCGAUACAACCAAUUGCUGCUCGUCCUCUACAGCAGCAGCAGCAGCAACAACCCAUUGGAAGAGGUCGUGGCAGAGCAAUUGCAUUUCCUGCAGGUCGACCGGGUCCAGUAGGAGGUGUUGGACGAGGCAUAAUGCCCAGACCAGCAUCACCCCAACCGCAUACGACUCCACCGUCUAGCAGUCCUCAACCAUCGAUAUCACCACCAUCACACAACCAGCAACAGCAACAACACAGACCUAUACCUUUACCGCCAGGUGUACGACCUCCUCCGCAUUUAGCAAGUGGAAUGAUACCACCGCCAUUUACUGGAGGGUUAGGACGUGGGGCUGCAGCUGCACCUCAAUCUCCCAUUAUCGCACAUAAUUCGCCACAAUUGUCAUCGGCUCUGGAGAUACUGCAUCCUCAACCAAUGUCUAUAAAUGGUGAUUCAGGUACAUUGAAUGAUAAUGUAGCAAAGACUGGAACACCGCCAUUAUCUGAUGCUAUUGAUCGGGUACCAUCACCAGGUAUAGGAGGACAACAGCUCUUUGGUGGUAGUCGUAUGAGUUCAUUAUGGGCACCUCCUGUUGGUUCAGAUUCAUCCGCUCAAACUGGAUUUGGCAAGUCGAAUCCGCCACCUAUCGGUAGUAAACCAAAUGCUUUUGGUCAACCCGUAAUAAUACCCACUACAGCCUCGACUCCCAUAGCAUCUAUAGGAUCAGCAGCACCGAUAGGCUCAGUAGUUGGACAUAAAGCAGUACAACGGCCAGCACCUAUAGGUGCUCAAAGGUCCAAUUCUGUAAUGUCAUUUGGUACAGGAGGAGGACAAUCACCUACAGAUUCUGUUGGUAUGGAGACACCGCCAGCUACAUGGCAGUUUAGGGUGCCCGACGAUGAUGAUAUCGGCUUUGUUGGCGGUAGUAGUGCAUUAGGAGGAGAUAUCUUUGUAAGAGGGAAUCAACCGACUAGUGCAGCCGCUGGAUUGGUACCAGCUAGUAGUUCUUCUAUAACGUCAUCUGGAUUUGAUGCUCGUGGUAGAGCUCUAUGGGAUGGAUCGCAGGGAGUCUCUGGACUUUGGCGUGAAUCUGCUGGAGGUCUAGCUGUAUCCACUGCUCAAAUAUCGCCAGGAGCUACAUCAGCUUCAUCGACUCUAUCACCGAAUCAACCGAACGCACCGGCUCGAACCAUCUCUAAUAUAGGCUUCUCAUCAUAUCCGAAUCCAACGCCAUCAUGGAAUGUAGCAGGCAGCAAUCUCACACCUCAACAGCAACAGCAACAACAACAGAUGUUUGCUCAACAACAACAAAAUCCUCAGCAAACACCGCAAUUACAGCAACAUCAUCAAUCUCAAGUACCUCCUUCUGCUGGUGGGCAGUGGGGUGGCGCUAGAUAUUAUUGA